GCUUCCGUCAUCCGAGAUUCGCGUUUGAACUCUAAUUUGAUCGGAUCGAAGCAACCGCCGGCGAGUCGAGAGAUAAGAUAUUGAGCGGCGGAGGACCGGAGGGAGAGGAGCUUAUCGACGGAGAUGAGGAAGAAACUCGGAACUCGAUUCCCGGCGAAGUAUGCGGAUGUGUGGAAAACCUCUAGUCCGCUGGGGGCUUUAAGCGCUCGGAUUGGACGAUCCGUGGUUUUGGAAUCGACUUCCCCUCCGAGAUCCCUCGGCGUCUUAUGUCGAUACCUUGAACUGAGUAUAUGUGCUUUGGUGCCCUGGUUCCAGUCUUUUUAAUGGCACUUUACUCUGUUUUUGGUUAGGAAUCUGCCACGAAUAAAGAAGAUAAUGCAAGCAGAUGAGGAUAUUGGCAAAAUCGCGUUAGCUGUUCCUCUUUUAGUUUCAAAAGCCCUCGAAUUAUUUCUUCAAGACCUAUGCGACAGGACUUAUGAAGUAACUCUCCAAAGGGGUGCAAAAACUUUAAAUUCUUUGCACCUAAAACAAUGUGUGAAGAUGUAUGGUGCAUUCGAUUUUUUAACCGAUGUUGUCAACAAGGUACCGAACCUUGGUGGCACAGAAUCAUUUGGUGAUGAAAAGGGAAUAUGCCGAAGAAGAAAAACUAUUGAACAUGACGGGGAUACAACGACAGAUGAGUCAAGGUUUGCCAAGGUGGCAAUGACAAGCACAAAUAUCAGUCCCAGAGGGCGCGGGAGAGGCCGAGGACGGAGUAGAGGGCGACCGCCAUUAAACAGGAACCUUGAGAGAGAAUCAUCUCUCAUGAAAUAUGAGGACGAAAUCGACUUAUCACCAGAACAUGAAGAUCCUAUAACUGAUUCAGACGCAACAGAGAAGGCCAAAGAUAAUAUUACCGAUUUCACAAAUCCUGCUUCCAUUUUGAGCACAGAGGCCAACCCAGGAGAGUACUCUGCUUGGCCUUUACCUGACGAGGUUGUAAAACUCGGUAUAGAGCCAUCAAAUCUUGCAAACAUAAACUUGCAUCUGGAUGAGGACGAAGACUACGAUAAUGAAGAUUGAAAUGAUGGGUGAACUCUGUGUUCUUCUCUUGCCAUUGAUGAAGCUCAUAUGAUGUAAUUAGUUUGUGCAAGUAGCUUUCCUAACCUAGUGUUCAGUCUCAAGUUUCUUUCUUUCUGGUCUUCUUCUUCUUCUACCUAUUUCCCUUGCCUCAAUUCAAUUCAAAUGUAUUGAGAAAUGUUGAUGUAUAUAAGUUUAAUGUGACAAGGCAGGGAUCUUAUUAGUCUGUAACCAACUAAUCAUUCAUGUUGAGAUGUUUCUUUCACUGCUGCACACUUAAGAGGAUAAUGACAGGUGAAAUAAAAAAUCUUCAUUGGGAUUUGAGUAA